AUGGUCGGAGUUCCGCGCAGCAGCGGCUGUCAGCUCUGCAGACAGCGAAGGGUCAAGUGCGACGAGGUUAGACCAGAGUGCGGCAACUGUCGCAAGUACGGCACUGGGUGCCCAGGCUACGAGCGAGCCAUCAAGUUCGUGUCUGGCAAGCACACGAUCCGGAGCAAGGGUUCUCGGCCGCUGCAAACCAAGUGUCGUAGCAGCACUGGUGCUGCCUCGUCGGAAGCUUCGCCAUCCACCACCUCGAAUCUGUCUGCCGCCGCCACGACGCCUGAAAGUAUUGGCAGCGGCGGCAGCACAAGUGGUACUGCUGCUGCCGUGUCCACGUCCCUUGUGGCGUCUCUGCAGCCCAAUCGAGCCCUCUUUAUUGGCACUCUGAUGGACAUGGCCCAGACUAGACUGGCCUCCAAGGACGUCUCUACGUUCCUGGGCUUCUUUGGACGUCUCAGAUUCGAGGAGUUUGGCACGGUGGCGGCUCUAGAUGGUGCCAUUUGUUCGCUCUCUCUGCAUCUUAUGGGCAAAGAGCUGGCGGAUGACAGCCUCGUCGCCCGGAGCAGGACCGUAUAUGGAUGGUCCCUUGGUGCUCUUCAGGCGACAUUGAGACAUCCUACUAAGUGGAAGACGUCCGAGACCUUCUGCUCGGCUGUCUUACUUUGCUUCUUUGAGCUGUUUGCGGGUACGACCUCAGCAGAGACUUGGUUGCAGCAUGCUCAGGGAAUUGCUACGCUGAUGGAGCAACGUGGUCCUGCAGCUCAUGCGCAGGGCAAUGACGCAGCUAUACUGUUUUCUUUCCGAGGCAUCCUGAUUAUGAGCUCCCUAUUCUUUCCAACAAGCGACAAAUGCUUCUUGGCUCAGCCAGAAUGGAGAAAGGUGAUUUACAACGGCCAAGGGCGAUCGAUUUACACUCCUGAAAACCCGGGGUUUUCGAUGCAAGUAGUCAAUUCGUUUUUCGUGUGCCUGGCAGACAUGCCCGAGGUUAUGUGGUGGGGAUAUCCGGUCCGCCAGGCUCUGCUGGCCGGCAAACGAGUGAGUCCCAAGCGUUUACAGCAUGUUGCCGAGUUGGCAGCCGCAAACCAUGAGCGGUUCGCCGCGUGGUACGAAGACUUUAAGAAGCUCGGCGUCGAGCUGAAGGAGGUGCCGUCAAAGGACCCCAGCUCGCCGUACCAGGUGGUGCUGGAACACCCCGUGGGAUGGCUCGGGUCUAUGCACAUGGGCUACUGGGCCAGCAUGCUGAUUCUGCAGGAGUUGAUGCUUCAAUGUGGGUGGCCCGUGGAUUAUCGGGAAUCCCAGAAGGAGCUGGUGCAAAACAUUCUUCGAUCCGUCGAGAGCGUGGGAAGCGGCACCAUGGGGCCGUUCCGGCUGGGUUAUUCGAUAAGAAUCGCGUAUGAGUUUGCCAGUGUUGAGGCUCAGCGAUGGAUCAUUUCGCUGCUGGACAAGUUUUCUAAGAGAUAUGCGGCCACGGACAAGAACAGCUACCCGAGUCCACGUGCGGACGCGCAAGGGUACUCGUUUUGA